AUGGGGCUGCAAACGCUGCCGAUACAAGCCCCGCGUUGUGGCCGAGAGGGGGCGGCGGGCGGGCCCGGGCCGCGGUUCCGGUUCCGGUUCCGGCGGGAGCGGGUUGGGGUUCCGGUUCCGCUGCGGACUGCUUCCCUGUGCUCUUGGUCUCCUUCUGUGGCACAUCGGGCUGUUACCUGGUGUCCAGAAAUCGUUCUUAUAAAACACAUCAUUUAUCAUCUGUUAUGGUAUUCAAAGUUUGUAUACAAGAUUGUCGGUUGGGUUGGAGUGAGUUAUGAUGGUGCCAAUAACCGACCGGCUCGAGUCCUUGACUUGCUGUGCUGCACAGGCGAUACGCUCCGAGCUUUCCACACAGCCAUAAGGAAUUCUCCUGUUAACACCAAGAACCAGGCGAUGAAGGAACAGGCCCAGGGAACCAUGCUUAAAGUCCUCACAUCUUUUAAAAGCAGUGAAAUAGAACAAGCAGUGAACUCCUUAGACAGAAAUGGCAUUGACUUGUUAAUGAAGUACAUUUAUAAAGGAUUUGAAAAGCCAACAGAAAAUAGCAGUGCAAUAUUACUUCAAUGGCAUGAAAAGGCAUUAGCAGUAGGUGGACUAGGUUCCAUAGUAAGAGUUCUUACAGCAAGAAAGACUGUUUAAAAGACUAUUAACUUGCACCAAGACGACGAUCAGUUCUGGACCCAGAAGAAGGAACUAGCUGAAAUGACACUGGUCCAUCUUUACAGAGAUUGCAGUCUGCUGAAAUACUAUGGAAACCUCUUCUUGGAAUGCUUUUAACUUCAAAGGUGGGGGAAGAGUAAACAUUAUUCCUGUAUGCUCUAUCAAAUACAGGAGCCAAGAUAUUAUCCUGAUCCCUUCUUCUUUAAAAGGCAGAGAAAAGGUGAACUCCUGCCCCCCCAUUACUGUAAGUGAACAGGUAUUUUCAGAUGCUGCUUUAUCAGAGCGUGGUGAUACAAGAUCCUGUGUGUACUGCUUAUUUAAGAGGUAGCUAUGUCGUUUGCAGAUGCAAGAUUCUGACCGCUUAAAGGUAGGAGAAGUGUUUGUUAGAAAGAGGGGAUGGUCAAAGGACUAGCUGGACUGUGGGGCUGGUUUCAUUGUAAAGUGCCUGCUGCAUUAAUAAAGUUCUUGGAUCACACGA